AUGCCCCUCCGCCACCAACGGGGGUGGUGGUUAUCAGGUCCUCUCCCGAAGACUGACCCCUUUGAAAGCUCCGCUCCAUCCUCUUCCCACCGGCCCCGGCGGCUCCAUCUCUUCCGCGCUAAGCCUGGUAGGGACCGGCAGGCCAACGCCACCCCCGCCGUGCGCCAUCGUUUAAAUCUGUGCUCGGGGGGGCGUUUCAGAGUGAAGCUGAGGUUUUCGGUGAUGGCGAGUGGAAGCCAUGGACUCGGCACGGCCGUAGUGGCGCACUCUGUGAGGGUGAGCCUGGUUUCUUCCUUCCCGGCCAAACGGGUUCUUGCUGGAAGUUCUCAGGGAUGACGGGUGCCCCGGGGGGGGGGGCAGGGAGAGGGGAAGAGACCUUCGGAGAUUUUUUUCUCUGCAUGGAGGCAUAUUUCUCUUCAUGUUCGGUCCUUCUUUGUUUCAGACGAGGAGGAGCAUCAUCAGUGUGCGGCAGAGGAGGCAAGAGCUCGAAGAUGAGGUGGGUUGGCCUGCCUGUGCAUCUUGUUUAAUCUAAGAUGAAACCAUGUGAAAAAUGCAUAUUUAAAACCUUGGUCGAGAAUCGUAUAUAAAAAAUCUCUGGGCAGGUGGGAGACCUCAUGAGAAAGCUAGGCCACGAGGAGGAGGUUCACCGAGUUCUGGAACGGGCGUUGCAGAAAACCACCCGAUCCGUUCUAGAAAUUCCAACCUUUCUUCCGCAUACGGUAACAUUUCCAACUCUAUCUUUUCUCUCUAUCUUUCUCUCUCUCUCUCUCUCUCUCUCUCUCUCGCUAAGAUUGGUGAAGCUUGGCCCGGAUCAGAUACGAGUUUUUCCUGGGGUGGAAGGAUUUAAACACACGCUGGGCUCGGCAACCUCGGGUCACACGCAUUGAUGCCCUUGUUUUAAAAUAUGCGUACGAUGCCCUAUCUACGAUCCCCUCCUCCGUGGUCUGUGCAGACGAAGGAGCUUCUGGCAGAGCUAGACAUAGUGGAAGGAGAGAUAGUCCGGCUAGAACACCAAGUCAAUAACAUCCAUCAUGGUCUGACGAACACCUCAACAACUGGUCAAAUCGAAUACGUCAACCCACGGACGACGACGGCAGUUCCAGUUCGAGCUGUGAACCACGAAGAGACGACGACGACGACGAUGAAGAAAAAGCCGGACAUUGAAACGAGACCCAUGUUCUUCGUAAACCAGGCCACGGGGAGGGACUACAUCUAUGCCUACAGAAGAAAGGAGAAGGCUAGUAGUUCGGCGGAACCUAGUGAGAAGGAGAGUCCUCGCAUGCUGGGGCUUCAAGACAAGGCAACAAACAAAGGUGGGCUGACUGAGGAAAAGCCCCCGGGGCAGCUGCCGUGGAAUGUAAGUAUCAUAAGAAAUAGCCAUCAUAAACUAUAAAUAGAAGCUUUAUUUAUUGAAUAUGCACUAUGCAUCUCUGGCCUGUCUUCCACGGACAUUCUCUCUAGUGGGGUUUUUCCGUGUCCGGAUUAGUUUGCAAAUAUUAUUAUUCAGUCUGGGAUGACGCUCUGGUGGCUAGAUGUGGAAGUGCAAAGUUUUCUAAUAAUUUAAUUUAUAUACUCAUAAUAAGUUCUCUUUGAAGACUCGUUUUCAGCAGUACCAACGAGACUAGUAGUUGAAACAAUAGAUCAUGCUUAACAUUAAUAUAUUUCUUUCUCCUUAAGUCAACUUGUAGUUGAAACAAUAAAUCAUGCCUAACAUGACUAUAUUUCUUCAUCCUAAAGUCGAGUAUAUUUAGCUUAUACUUAUUUGUAAAUCAUGAACAUCACAAUUUACCAUGAUCGUCCUAUCAAUUAAUGCUAUAUCAAUUAGUUGAAACUUAUUAUUGACAAAUCAACUAGGCCUGUGGCACUAAUUUUAACCAUUUACUAGCCAGUCAAAUUUUAUUAUAUCAACAAUUGGAACCACAUACUAUUCAGUCAAAUGAUCUAUAUCACCCUCGUGGGCCUUCUAACAUUCACUCAAUUGAUCUGAUAUCACCAAUUUGAGCCAUCUACUAUUUGACGAGAUUUCUAUUAGCCGUUCUAGCCAUCCUCUUUACAACCAAUAUUCCUAUUUCACAUUUGAGCCAUGUGAUGACCGAACCAUUAAUAUUUUAUCAUUAAUCAUAACCAUCCACUGACCAAUUCAUUCGUUUCAUAUCAUCUAUCUGAUGUUAUAUCAUUAAUCGAUUUGGGUUUUCGUACGAAUAUGAGAACCCACGGGUCUGCGUCCGUUUGUCGCAGAACCUACAACAAGAGAAGAGUGUCCGCUCCACCAUAGCAGAGACAUCACCGAGCCCAAGAUCCUCCGAGAAGAAAAGUCGGAGCCCGCCGCCCAACAAGCUCUCCGAGAGGAUCAUCAAGUGCCUCAUCUGCGUCUUCUUGAGGAUUACGAGAACCUCGAGAGCGACGGAGUUGGAGAGAUCCAGCUCUAUGAGUAGAUCUACCUACUCGUCUCUAGGCUCGAGGAGCAUCCAUCUGGAAAGCAGCUUAAACCCUAAGUCGGGCCAAGCCAUGCAGCGCGAGACGGCGAGCCAGGACCCGUACGGCAUCUUCCAGAUAGAAGGCUCGAUCACGAGGGACAUCGGACCUUAUAAGCACAUGGUUCGAUUCACAUCUGGCUCCAUGGAUUCGAAGGGUCUAUCUGCUUGUUCACUUCUCCUGCGAAAACUGAGGUCAGCUCUCUCCCGACAAUAAUCUCCCACUGCUUGCAAGAGUAAAUCAAACAAGAUUCUAAGAUUUUCCUUUAGGGUUUUGAUGAACGACCUGAGAGAAGUUGAUCCGACGUUCUUGACUCGGCGGCAGAAGCUUGCCUUCUGGCUCAACGUUUACAACGCUUGCAUCAUGAAUGUACGGUAUAUAUAGACAGGGUCUGUCCUUCCUAAUGUAAAUUCUUGGACGUUUCUAAGGUUCGGGGUUGAUCAAUUCAGAGUUUCCAUGGAUUCUUUAGGGUUUUCUUGAACUCGGCUUGCCUUCUACACUUGAAAAGAUACCCGCCCCUGGCAGCAAAGUAUGAACACACACAAACGAAAAUCCCGCAUUAUAUCAUUUAGAAAACAAUGAUAUUAACCAGCAGAAUGCUCAUUAAACACCAAUGGUUUAACCCAGGCUGUGAUCAAUGUCGGAGGCAACGGGCUGAAGGCUGUAGAAGUAGAACAGCUCAUCCUCCGGCUGGCUUCUGAGACUAAAAAGGUGUGAGCUUUCUAUCUUUGCCUACAGCUGCUGUCUCUCCCUAAACUUUCUUUCUGACCCCCCUUCAGCAGAAAGAAGACGAAGCGGUCGGUUGGACCAACGGACGUGAGAACCCAGAACCCAAUAUCGCAUUCGCAUUAUCCUGUGGGGCCAGAUCUUCUCCUGCUGUAAGAGAAAAGUCGACAUCGCCGUAAGAGGAAACCCUUGUAUGAAGAGCUGCCAUGUCGGGGAGGGCUGAUGAGUGCUGAUCUGUCUGUCCUAGGUGAGGAUAUACACCGCCGAAGGCAUAUUGUCGGAGCUGGAGAAGGCGAAGCUGGAGUACCUGCAGGCCUCGGUAGCCGUGACUGAGGCGAGGAAGCUCGUGGUUCCGGAGCUGCUGGUGAGGAACAACGGGAGCUUCUCGGCCGAUCCCGCCGCGCUGGUGGAGUGGAUCUGCAGCCAGCUGCCGACGGCGGGGACUCUCAGGAGGUCGAUCACGGAGUGCUUGAGGAGCCAGAAUCGCAGGAAGAUCUCGGAGAUUGUAGAGGUGAUGCCCUUCAAGUAUGAUUUCCAGUACCUCUUCUUUAUUUAG